UACACCAGGAGAAUACAAGGAAACCGAAUAGAAAUGGGGGCUAGUGCUAGUGCUAAUGCUAGGGCUGGUGCUGGUGCUGAGGCGCGCGAUGAGGCUAGUGCUGGUGCUGAGCCUCGUGAUGAUGUAAGGACCGAAUUGAGAGAACUUAAGGAACAAAUGCGGCAUUGGGCAGAAACACAAAACGCCAUUAUUACAGGUUUGUCCGAGAAGAUGGAGGGCCUUAACAUAAGACACAAUGACGAAAUAGCAGCUAUGAGGCAACAAAUAGAGAAGAUGCAACGAGAUGCUUCAGCAGAAGAAGAAAUCACUCGAGAAAAAGAAAGACAAUAUCAGAAACAAAUAAACGCUCUUGAAAGUAAGAUUGAAUAUUUAGAAAACCAAUUGCAAAGAGAAAGAGAACAGAAUCGCGAAAUAGAUAAUGCGAAAUCGAAACCGGAGCAAUCGAUGGCAGGGGCUCAAACAUUAACACUGGAAGACCCUUCAGUAAAUACUGAGCAUGUAUCUGGAUCACCCGAAGCACCAUUAACGUCGCGGGACAUCGCUAUAAAAGUGAGCGUUCGGUCCAGCGAUAGUGAUAAGAAAAAACAAGGAUCAAGUGAAGUUAGACGUUGGAGAUAUAAGUAGCAUUAUAAGAUGAAUGUUUUUUUAUCACAUAAUGUAUUGUGUUAUCCAGUGAAUAUACCCGUGUCAUAAAUAAAGGUUUGCGUAUUAACCCAUGUAAUAUGACCCAGAUAAUCAUCAACAAUAUAUGAGCAAUAACGAUGGAAAGAAAGAAAGGUAGAUAAGAAAGAUAAGGAGAAAGAGUCACACGCGUUGCAAGGGGGGGGGGGGGGGGGCAGAUGAUAAAUUUUGGUCUCACUUAGGUCCCGUUUGUAAAAAAAGGAAGAAGAAAACUCAAAUCUACAGGAUUUUAACUUAGGUAUCUGUUACAGCUCUACAUAUAAAAGAUAAUAGUAUACAUAGCCUUUUUUCAAACAUCAGUUAUUUAUAUGCGUUUACAAUCACUAUCGAAUUGCAGGGAAAACGCUAUGUGUGCCAGAUGAGACACCAUUGAAGAGAAAGAAUAGGGUAUGGACAAAAAAUAAAUAGAUCCCAUCAGUUUUGAUUACUGAAAAAAUAGAAGAAAACACAUUCAAUUUUGUAUAAACAGUGAGUGAGGCCCUUGGGGCAGAGGAGAGGGGUCCAAUAGGUGAAAUAGAGGUAAAACUUUUAAAACCGUCUUCUUCUCAUAUACUCUGAAGCCUCCUUGGACCAAUGGGACUCAAUUUUGUAUAAACGGUGGGGUGUGGCCCCCUGGGGGCAGAGGUGUGGGGUCGAAUAGGGUAAUUAAAGGUAAACCUUUAAAAAAUGUCUUCUUCAAUACGGAUUACGGGAUUUCAUCCCAAUUUGGCCAGGAACAUCCUUAGUCCAAGGGCACUCAAUUUUGUAUAAACGGUGGGUGUGGCCUCCCUGAGGGCAGAGGGGUGGGUCCAAUAAGGAAAAUAGAGGUAAACCUUUAAAUUCUUCUUCUACCUUUCAUCCUAAUUUGGUCUUGAGCAUCCUUUCGCCAAGGACAUUCAAUUUUGUAUAAACGGUGGGCUCGGCCCCGUUGGGGGAGAGGAGAGGGGCCCCAAAUGGGAAAUAGAAGUGGAAAUUUUAAAUCCGUCUACCAUAGAAAUAAAUGGAUUUUAUCCCUAUUUAGUCUAAAACAUCCAUGGGCCAAUGGGACUCAAUUUUGUAUAAACGAUGGAUGUUGCCCCCCUAGGGGCAGAGGUGUGCCGA